GGAACUACACUUCCCGUUGAGGGAACGGCUCCAGCAGGCCGCGCGUUACGGGGGCGUCACACUACCCGCACCAGCGCUGCAGAGUGUUUGAGGGGCAGGUCGAAGGGGUGUCUUUUCCUUCACUCUGCGCUCAGGCGGUGCCGAUUCCGCCUUAUCUCGCCCCACGGCCGUGCGCUCAUUGCCCGGCUCCCGGUGUCAGCUUUUCGAGUCCUUCAGGGAGUUGGGGCCUGGAGGUUCGGAGGUAACGGCUGCUGCCUUGCGCGGGAGCGAGGGGCGCUCCCCUCUUCAGCCCAGCCAACCCCGCACCCGGCCCUUGCCUCCAUGGGCCCAACUCGGAAACCCAACGUGUGCCGCCAGCUGAGUCGCCGGGCGCUGGGCUUCUUCUCGCGGGACGCAGGCGUGGUGCAGAGGACGAACCUGGGCAUCCUGAGGGCGCUGGUGUGCCAGGAAAGUACUAAAUUUAAGAAUGUGUGGACAACUCAUUCCAAGUCACCUAUAGCCUAUGAGAGAGGAAGAAUAUAUUUUGACAAUUAUCGGUGCUGUGUCAGCAGCAUUGCAUCAGAGCCAAGAAAACUUUAUGAAAUGCCAAAAUGUUCCAAAUCAGAAAAAAUAGAGGAUGCAUUAUUAUGGGAAUGCCCAGUGGGGGAAAUACUUCCCAAUCCAUCAGAUUAUAAAUCUUCACUCAUAGCACUGACUGCUCAUAAUUGGCUGUUUCGCAUAUCAGCAACUACUGGAAAAGUCCUUGAGAAAAUAUAUCUUGCUUCAUAUUGCAAAUUCAGAUACCUGAGCUGGGACACUCCUCAAGAAGUCAUUGCAGUCAAGUCAGCUCAAAACAAAGGCUCAGUAUUGGCCCGGCAGGCAGGCAUUCAACAGCCUGUUUUGCUGUACCUUGCAGUGUUCCAUGUUUUACCUUUUUCACUUAUAGGGAUUCUGGAGAUCAACAAGAAGAUUUUCGGGAACGUUACAGAUGCUACCUUGUCUCAUGGAAUACUAAUUGUGAUGUACAGCUCAGGACUGGUCAGACUCUAUAGCUUCCAAGCCAUCACUGAACAGUUCAUGCAACAGAAACUUGACUUAGGGUGUGCAUGCAGAUGGGGUGGGACUGCUGGAACUGUAGGAGAGGCUCCUUUUGGCAUUCCUUGUAAUAUUAAAAUCACAGACACACCUCCACUGCUCUUUGAGGUAUCCUCCCUGGAGAAUGCUUUUCAGAUUGGAGGCCAUCCUUGGCACUACAUCAUCACACCUAAUAAGAAGAAACAGAAAGGAGUUUUCCAUAUUUGUUCUCUGAAAGAUAAUUCCUUGGCAAAAAAUGGGAUCCAAGAAAUGGAAUGUUGUUCUCUAGAAUCUGACUGGAUCUAUUUUCAUCCUGAUGCUUCUGGUAGAAUAAUACAUGUCGGCCCAAAUCAGGUCAAAGUUUUAAAGCUAAAUGAAGUAGAAAAUAAUAGUGCCCAGCAUCAGAUCUCUGAAGAUUUUGUCAUUUUGGCCAACAGGGAGAAGAACAAAAAUGAAAACUUACCCAUUGUUACAGCUUCUGGACGGGUGGUGAAAAAAAAUUUUAACCUUCUGGAUGAUGACCCAGAACAAGAGACUUUUAAAAUUGUGGACUAUGAAGAUGAGCUGGAUUUGCUUUCUGUGGUAGCUGUUACCCAAAUAGAUGCUGAAGGAAAAGCUCACCUGGAUUUCCACUGUAAUGAAUAUGGAACUUUACUUAAAAGCAUUCCACUAGUGGAGUCAUGGGAUGUGACAUACAGCCAUGAAGUCUACUUUGACAGAGACUUGGUACUACACAUAGAACAGAAACCAAGCAGGGUCUUCAGCUGCUAUGUUUACCAGAUGGUAUGUGACCCUGCCGAUGAAGAAACAACAAACAGAAGUUGUGAAAAAGAUUCAAUACACUUUGAAACCUUGGACUGCCGCGGAAGGGAUGAGACUUAACAGUUAACUGAAUUCGUAAAGAUGACAACCAGUGGAAUGAGUCAUAUGGAGGACACUCUACCUACUCAGGUAAUAUGCAUCCAUAAAUUGAUCUCUCAAAUGAAAUUUUCAAAAGAAAAUGAUUUAUCAGUAAAUUCUUUAUCAAAGUUUUAAGGCUCAAUUAAAGAUUUUUAAUUUUCUUUUAGGAGGGCCCAAGUAGACAAUCAUUUCUAAAGCCUGCUUUGAACACCAUUUUUUCUUUGAAAAAUCACAAACUCCAAGGGCACAGCUUUUCAAGCUUUAUCUAUAAGAGUAAUAAGACUGGUUCAAGUAUGUUAAAAGAAAUAAAAUUUAAAAGCCAUUCUGAGGGUGCCUGGGUGGCUCA